ACUUGACCAGCAGUCUGCAGCGGGUUAACAUCGUCCCUGCGGGUGUUGCCAAUGGGGGCCGGACGUGAGAAUUUAAGACUGGUUUAACAGCACUUCCCUGGGCCACGACCUGUCAAUCACCGGGCCACAGUCUGUCAAUCACCGGGCAACGUUCUACUCCCAGGCCACGUUCGGCCCCGGGACAGCAUCCUAACCCCCAGAUCACACUCGACCCUCGGCCACGGUCUCCACCAUGGAUAAAGAAACCCCCCGCGACUCCUGCCUCGACAAAGAAGCCCUCCACCUCGGGGUGAAUGAUGUGUACGAGAUCGCCAAAUUGAUCGGCACCGAGUUGGAGAAGCUGAUAGACAGCUAUGGCAAGGAGGCAGUGGAAGGGCUGAUUCCGAAAGUUGUGCGCGUCUUGGAAAUGCUGGAAAGUUUCGUGGCGCGGAAUGGCAGCACCGAGCAGGAAUUGAUACGAGCCUUCGUGAAGCUACGGGAUGGAGAGACGAGUGUGGGCCACUACAAGGAUGUGGAUCAUAAAAUAAGUCAGUGGCAUACCCGGAUCCAAGAACUGCAGAAGCAGAUAUCACAGCUGACAGGUGAAAACCAACGGCUGGUUAACCAGCUGGUUGAGAUCCAGUCCCAAGAAGAUAGCAUCUCUAAGAAGGAACGGGAAGUAAUGCUGAAGCUAAAAGAAGUGGUUGAUCAGCAAAGGGAUGAAAUUCGAGCCAAAGGUCACGAGCUGUAUUGCAAGAAUGAAGAUGUAGAUGCACUGCAGGAACAGCUGGAUCGAGUUCUGAAGGUUAACAAUGAUUUGCGACAUAAAUGGAACAUAGUUCAAACUCAGCUGAAAUCGGUGCUGGAGAAGAAGGCUGAACUGGAAGUCAUGUUGCAGGCGAAGGACAAAGAAAUCGACAGGCUGCAAUCCCACCUGACUGAGGUCAAGAAAGAGAACGGCAAGGACCAGAAGGUGAGCAAAGCUACGAGUGCACCAAAUAUCAACAUGGCCAACAAAAUCAUCAUUGAUGUAAAGGACCCAAACCGGCCCUGCUUCACGAAACAAGAAAUGCGGCAGAUUCUGCACGAGCGCAAUGAGUUAAAAGCAAACCUGUUUCUGGUCCAGGAGGAGUUGGCAUACUACCAGAGAGAGAUUUUCAACGAUGGAAAGUGCCCGGCAAUUUUCAAGGAAGCAAUCAAGACGGCAAUUAAGAAGCAAAGGAAAAAGGUGAAGUCAAAGAUGUUGGGAAUUCCGGAGAGCGUGUGUAGCAGCAGUGAUGAAGAAACUAAAGACGCCCUUCCCCCUCCCGGCUUCCCACAAGAUGAAAUAGAUGCCAAGCCACCCGAGUCGAGAAUCAAAUCUUUAGAUCCACCUCCAAAGUUUAGAACUGCUUUGCAAAGUAUUGUCUUUCAUGAAAUCCAGAUCUGGAUUUUGGAAUUGCUUUGCAAAGUACUGUCAGCCAGGUCACCCACUACUGCACAUCCACCUCCAGAUGGGAGGGUGGGUCAGUCUGGUAAGACUCUCCCACGACAGUCAUCAUUAAUUCUCCAUGACCUGUUGUCACAUGCAAUACAGAUUUGGGUUUCUUUACUUAGGUAACAGCGCCAAAGCAGCAUCUACCACUAGUGCCUCAAUCGAUGCCUGGGAGGUGAUUGACCCCCAAAAAAGUGGACCUGUAUGAGUAAUGUUCACAAACCAAAGAAUAAAACUGAGUGGAAGUGCAUUUGUGUAAAUUUUUUCAGAAGCUAUUUUGACUUGCUGUAUUUGUUGCUUUUAAGUCACAGUACACCUCCUGGUUAAAGAGGGGUUGCAUUCCUAGCAAUCUGCUAGAUAUUUUCUAUAAUACACGUCCUUGACAAAAAAUGACAAACUUAUAUUUUCUUUCAUAUUUUAUAUUAAUUAUUUUUCUCAUUUCUGUAAAAGUGAAUUAUUUCCCAUCUCAAUUUUUGGUAGUGAUUUUGUGAAUUGUAAAAACAAAUUGUUCAAAUUGCCAUAAUGUGGGGGUAUAUAGUACAAGAAUUUUAUGAUUUAAUUAAUAUACCCAAUUUUAAAACUUUGUAUUAUUUGUAAAUAUUUUUAAACUGUUUAAAUAAAUGUCUAUUUGAAGUUAACUUA